CCAUCAACCACCACCACUCUCACGACAGUCACGACCAUCCGCCGCGCCGUUGCACACGCUUUCCGUCUACCUCCUCAUUUAAAAGCAGAAACGGGCAGCCUGUUCCACUCAGCUCAGAUCACAGGCGCAAGACAUGGUCCGGCACAAAAAAGACUUUGCCGGGCGUGGCAAGAAGUCCGGAUAUCGCGGCGGCGGUGCCAGCAGAGGGCCUCCCCGCCAACAUCAACACCAACACGACGACGACAACGACAACCAUGCCUCCUCCUCCUCCUCCUCCUCCCAACCGGUCUUCAAGGCCGCCUGCUGGGAUCUCGGCCACUGCGACCCCAAGCGCUGCUCCGGCAAGAAGCUCAUGAAGCUGGGCCUCAUGCGCGACCUGCACCUGGGCCAGCGCCACAACGGCGUCAUCAUCACGCCCAACGGCAAGCAGGUCGUCUCGCCCGCCGACCGCGACCUCAUGGACCAGUACGGCGCCGCCGUCGUCGAGUGCUCGUGGGCCCGCACCGGCGAGAUCCAGUGGAGCAAGGUCGGCGGCAAGUGCGAGCGCCUGCUGCCCUACCUCGUCGCCGCCAACACGGUCAACUACGGCAAGCCCUGGCGCCUCAACUGCGUCGAAGCCCUCGCCGCUGCCUUCUGCAUCUGCGGCCAUACGGACUGGGCCGAGCAGAUCCUCGCGCCCUUCUCCUACGGCAGGUCCUUCCUCGACAUUAACGCCAGCGUCCUGAGGCGCUACGCCGCCUGCGCCGACGCCGCCGAGGUCAAAAAGACGGAGGCGGAGUGGAUGGAACGCCUGGAGAAGGAGUACACCGAGAGCAGGGAGCAGGGCGCCGGUGACGACAUGUGGACGAGCGGGAAUACCAACCACAUGCCGCAGCUGUCAUCAUCUGACGACGGCGAGGAUGAUGACGAUGAUGAUGAUGAUGAUGAUGAUGAAGAAGGCGAUGACGACCAGGAUGCCCGCUCCAACGCCAGCGUAGACGGCAUAUACCUAGGCAAGCGGCCUCUCGAUCCAAAACCGGGAGAGGCUCCAGCCGCGCAGAACGAGGAGAGCCAAAGGCCUAGGGACCCCUUCGACAUCUCCGACGACAGCGACGAUGAAGCCGCCAUGGCCGAGAUCCGCCGCAAGGUCCUCGCCUCCAAGACUUUUUCCAACCCCAACCCCGACCGCGACGAGCUCCGUGACCCCGAGGCGGGCGAUGGCCGCGACAGGAAGCCGGCGACGAUACCGCGCCCCCAGCAGCGGCACCAGUACAAGGCCGACCUCGAGAUCCGGCCCGACUCGGACAACAGCGAUCACAGCGACGGGAGCGGCCUCGGCGGCGGGGAUGGCCAUGACGACGAUGGUGGCGACGACGAUGAUGACGACGAGUUUGACCACAUCAUCGAGGCUACGCCCGUGACGGACAAAAUUGGGCUGGCCAAGCUGGAAAAGGAGCGGAGGCAGGCGACCACCACCAGCAGGACGUACUCGUCCAACGUGGUGUCUGCGCCGAACAGGUGGUAGCAGCGCACCCACAAAAUGCCAACAACGCGAACAUGCAGCCGCUAGCCGCUCCACGGCGGUCAGCCUCGUACAAUUUCACACUCUCACCACGGGCUGAAGGGAACGUUCCCGUAGCCCACGCUCCUAAGUGGUGUUGAUACUGUUGUACAUGACCCAGUCUAUCCCGCCCCUGCGGCGACCCUGCAAGCGCUCCGCUCAAGUCUUGUGCGUGUAUGAUACAUGAUGUUCAUAGUGUACAGCAUCUAUGUCCUCUACCCGUCUCUUACAGUGUCC